AAGCACAAAGCAGGCAAUGUGUCUCAAAGUCAAGGAGAAAAACGAAGAAGCGGUGACCAGAGGCUCAGUGGGACACCUGCAACAACAGAAAUGAACGCCAGUCCACCAGCAGGAAGCGCCCUGUCCCCCGGCAGUACCGCGGGCCCCACUACUCCCAAAAAGGGCCCACCCAAGUUCAAGCAGAGGCAGACUCGCACAUUCAAGAGCAAGGCUCCCAAACCAGGCCAGAAGGGCUUCGGCGACGACAUCCCCGGCAUGGAGGGUCUCGGCACCGACAUCACAGUGGUGUGCCCAUGGGAAGCCUUCGGCGACAUGGAGCUCAGCGACUUGGCCAAAUACGGCAUCAUCUAAGCCUCCUGCCUUCCUCCACCUCUCCUCCGUCCGCCCCUCUCCACCCGGCCGCCUCUCCGUCUCGGCUCGGCGGGCCGCCAUAAGGCUGCCGGCCAACCCCCUAACGCCCUCUCGUCUGACUACCUCAUACUUUAUUCCACUAAGUGGAUAUUAUUAUUUUUAUAUCAUUAUUAAUAUAUGAUACUGUUUACAGUAUAUGUACUUGAAAUGAGAAGACGAGAAACAAAACCCAGGAACCUUUUCCCGUCCCAACAGCCACGUAGAGCAGUUUUCCUCUUCCGCCUCUCUUGUCUCCUCCUUCGGCCUUCCCGCGCGCUCCCUGCCCCUCCGUAACCACGGCAACGGAUGCAAGCCAAAAGCUAGCUCGACACUAGCCCCGUAUUUAACGCUUCUAGCUGUCUGUUAAACUGUAAAUAACGUCUGCUCGGCGUGAACCUUUUUACCUUCCUUUUGUACUUUCCUCCUCUUUUGCGUCGUAUGGUGUGUGAAUGCGUGUGUAGGUGUGUGUGUGUGUUUAUUUUUGCUCCAUGUGACCGAGGUUUUACCUUCAGCACCAAGGAGAGCGUGCAACAUGCUAAAGCUACAACGCACUUUCACACGACCAUGGAGGAUGAACUCCACCUCCCUUUCUUCCUGUCGCUGUCUGAACCCAGUUCCCUCUCAGAUAAAAUAAAGACAGAAGCUAUAUGUUUUCCUUCUGUGUUCAGAAAAUGUACUGUGAACUGGUGUGUACUGAUAGCUGCCAGUAAAGUGUAUAUUUUCAGCA